AUGAACCUGGGAGUGCAUCCGUCUUUAGGAGGUGGCGCUCUCAUCCAAGGGAAGGGCAGGCAGAGAGGUUCAGAGCACGCAGGCUGUCCAAAAAAAAGGGGGGUGGGGGGGGAGACUCAGGGGCUCGGGUGCGCCCUGGAAAAACUUCACAUUAGGAAAGGCAUCUGCGAUAGGCCUCGAGGCACGGACAGCAUCGCACUCCGGGGACAAGCCACUCCAGGAAGACGGACCCUCCCUUCCCCGAACGCCAGCUGCAAGUGCCAGGGGGCCCUGCCACCCGCGACGUUUCCAGAAGACCUCUGCACCGGCGGAGGUCCGGCCCUGAAGGCACUUCCGCAGUUCACUUCCCUAAGUCUGCGUUCCGAGAGUGCGCCCGGGAGUUCCGGCUCCGGCAGGUGGGCUCCCUCUCCAUUCCUAAGCGCUGACUCUGCGAGGUGCUCCCCCCAGCAAAAGGCUUCUGCGGCUACAGCGAGCGUGCCACGGCUGCCGCUUCCCUAUCCAAAUUACGGCGCUCGGAGCUGCGCGACGCCGGAGAGACCGGGUCCCGCCCGGCCGGACAGCAGAGGCGCAGCGCCGCUGCUCGAGCUCUCGGGCCGGGGCGCCUCUUCCCUCCCCCCAUCCCGGCGCGGCGGCGGCGGCGGCGGCGGCGGCGGCGGCGGGAGCGGGGGCCGGGCGAGGGGCGGAGCUGGGGAGGGGCCGCGGCGCUGGCGGCUCCGGCGGCGGCAGGUGUGGACCGGCCGGAGGUACGGCGUAGUCCACUCCCGCCCGCUUCUGCCGGGGUCCGGGGCAGGUCCGGAGCUCGGAGCAGCUCCGGCCUGCGCACAACUUGGGGUGCGGCCAGGGACGCUCAGAUUUCGUGCCCAACGCCUGGAGGCGAAAGACGCGCGUCCCGGGCCGCAGUGGCGGUGCGGACCGGGGGAGGGGGGCCACGCUUGGUCCCUUUCCGGAGCUGGGACCCGGCGGCCCAGGCUGAGGGCGGGGGGCGGGUUGCGGCCCCAGCCCGGGGCGCCCACUCAUCCCCGCCCUCCGGCCGGGACCCGCAGGGAAGAACUUGAGUAUACAUAGCAAAGGGGAGAAAAACAGUAGGAAGAGAGAGAACAAAGGUCUCCUGGAGUUCUUUUCAUGCUGCUGGAUGUGAUGCUGUGUAAUCUGAAG